AUGACCAAAGAGUACACGGCAAUUUACUCGCCAGAGGCCAGAUCGACGCCCAAGAACACGAAGAAGGAUGCGGUUCACGCGAUCAGAGACCAGAACAACGUGGAGAUAUCUGCUGGAGAUGUGGUUCUUCUAAGAGACGAUCCGGACGUGGAAGGCAAGGAGUUUGCAUUGAUCCAGGGUCUCAAGCACGGAGAUGAGGGACUGCAGGCCAGGUGUGUCUUGAUGAAACUGUUUAACGACGCUGAGUCUCUCACUCCUACGCAUGUGAUCCCCAAUACCAACAAGAACAGGUACUCCGAGGGUCAAGAGUUGGUCAUGAUGAACUCCAUUGUGGAUAUUCUUGUGGUGGAGCUGCAUCUCCCUGUCCUGUGUUAUUCGUUUGCUGCAUUCGAGGCUCUCUCGCAGGAAGACAAAAAGGGAGACAAUGUCUAUUUUUGCAGAUAUGUGUUUGAUCACGAUGCCAACAAGACGUCUGCGGCGUUUGACUGGCAAGAUAUCACCAAGGACAUGGGUAGAUUUAUUGACGUUCUCUACAAACUCCUCACAGACAAGCCUCGAAGAGCAGCAGUUGAGGCUUCCAGACAGAGCAGACAUGUCCGAGACGAAGACGAGAAAGAGAAGGACAUGGAUACUAUGGACGAGGACACUCCUGCAGAGCAGAUCGAAAAGCAGAAAGAGGACGACACUGAGAUUAUUAAUGAGGACGACGAAUACGACACUCAUGUAGAGCAGAUCGAAAAGGCACCAGCAAUUACACCCCGAAAACGAGCACUGGAGGAGCUCGAUCUACCACAACCCGACCAUAACUCGACUCCAACGGCCACGCCAGAGAAGAAACGAAAGACGGAAAAUGGCCAUGAAGUGGCCCCCUCCAAACGGUGA